AUGGAUUCCAGCAUUCUGGCCUUCUUUGCGCACGCUGCGACCUAUGCCGUCGCGCUCUCCGCGCUGGCCAUCAUCGUCAAUGUCCUUCGCCAACUACUCCCGCGCAAAAAGUCAGAGCCGCCCUUGAUCUUUCACUGGAUACCAUUCAUCGGCAACGCCGUCUCGUAUGGCACCAAUCCCUUCGAAUUCUACCGAGAGUGCCGGAGGAAGCAUGGCGAUAUCUUCACCUUCAUCCUGUUCGGCAGGAAGAUGACCGUCUACCUCGGCACCCAAGGCAACGAAUUCAUCCUCAACGGCAGACUCCAAGAUGUCAAUGCCGAGGAGAUCUACUCGCCCCUCACCACGCCUGUUUUCGGAAGCGAUAUCAUCUACGACUGCCCCAACUCCAAACUCAUGGAACAGAAGAAGUUUGUCAAGUUCGGCCUGACCCAAGCCGCCCUUGAAUCCUACGUCCCCUUGAUCGAGAAGGAGGUCCUCGACUACCUCAAGUCCGAGUUCAAAGGCCCGCGAGGAAAAGUGAACAUUUCGGCCGCCAUGUCCGAGAUAACCGUCUUCACGGCCGGCCGCACUCUCCAGGGCGCCGAAGUGCGCAAGAAGCUCACCGCCGAGUUCGCCGACUAUUAUCACGACCUGGACAUGGGUUUCCGGCCCAUCAACUUCCUCAUGCCCUGGGCCCCUCUUCCCCAAAACCGACGACGCGACGCUGCCCGCGAGAAGAUGCGAUCCGUCUACACGGAACUGAUCGACGCGCGACGCAACGGCCAGGGCGGCGACCAAGAACCGGACAUGAUCUCUCAUCUGAUGAGCUGCGUGUACAAGAACGGCACGCCGCUGCCGGACAAGGAGAUUGCCCACAUGAUGAUUACCCUGCUCAUGGGCGGCCAACAUUCGUCUGCGUCUUCCAGCGCCUGGAUCAUGCUCCGCCUCGCCUCGCGCCCCGACUUGGUCGAGGAGCUGUAUCGGGAGCAGUUGCAGAAUCUUGGCCCGGACACCACUAGGCCACUGCAAUACGCCGACCUCGAUCGACUCCCUCUGCUGCAAAACGUCGUCAAGGAGACGCUUCGAGUGCAUUCCUCCAUCCAUUCCCUGAUGCGCAAGGUCAUGAACCCCAUGAAGGUGCCCAACAGCGACUAUGUCAUCACCCCCGACAAGGUGCUCGUGGCGUCGCCCAUUUCAUCGCACCUGGACGAAAAGUACUUCCCAAACGCCCAGGUCUGGGACCCGCACCGCUGGGACAGCCGGGUCGAGGUCGAGUUGGAGGAGGACAUGGUGGAUUACGGCUACGGCGCCGUGAACAAGGGCACGAGAAGUCCGUAUCUGCCGUUUGGGGCCGGCCGCCACCGGUGCAUCGGCGAAAAGUUCGCCUACGUCAACCUCGUCACCAUUAUUCUCACCAUGGUACGAAACUUGAAGCUCAACACGGUCGAUGGCAAAUCCUGGGUGCCCCCGACCGAUUACGCAUCCUUGUUUUCGCGCCCUCCCUUGGCCGCCGAAAUCCUCUGGGAACGACGCUUGCAAGGGUCCGCAUAG